AUGGAUCAGAAGCCUCAACAGCAACAGAAUCGGAUACAGCAGGCAUCGAGUGGUACUAGUCCGGUUAGCUUUUUGAAGGACAUGUCGCUGAUUUAUCGCAUAUAUCAGCAAUGUACUGGUGAAAAUAUGUCCGUUUGUCAAAAGCACAGUCCGGACAAUAAGCAGCGAUCCAAGCUGACAUCGAUCAGUGAACAGGAUAUUGAGGCUGUACUGCCGCGUGGAGUACAUGCCAAGGAACAGGUCCUGAAUAGCAUGAUUGUGAAGCGUGUUGGCAAUUUUCUGCAAGAUCACACUCUACAGAUUAAAUUCCCUGAUCUACGCGACACGUAUAGCAACUCUGUAGAGGGCCGUAAGAAGACGGAUAAAAAGGGCAGUGGCACAUUUGUGCCAAUUGCCUAUGGAGCCUAA